AUGUCCAAGGCGGACUACAACGUCAGUCUGGGCUUCCUAACAGCCAAGGGAAAGGUUAUGUCCCUACUUUCUCAGUUUAAAACCUUUAUUGGCAACCGCUUGCCUAGGCUUAAAAGCCCAGGAAUGUCCCUAGGGUGGCAGGGCCCGGCUAGUCCUUUCCAGCUUCCUGCAAUACCACUGCCCCUUCCCGACCUGCGCUGUCCAGCUAGGUUGGAAGUACUCCCAGGUCUCUUUGAAAGGCCGGCCCAUCUCGGCUGCGGCUUCCCAGGCCUCGUCCCUCGGCGCGCUUCCGGCCAAGCUCAGGACCCACGACACUUGCGCUCCGAUCUAGCACCCCCUCCGCCCUUCCUAGAAAACACUGACAGGCUCCUGGCGGGGGAGCCAUUCUUUGCAGUGAAUCAAAGUGAAUUCGAUUUCGCACAGACCGAGCACAGUUUCCCACCCGCCCUCGGGAGCGCAGGCCGGCGGGACGUUAGUAGGCGGCGGUCUGCGCGUGGCGUCAUCUCCCAAACCCCGCCUCCGGAGGCGCCGCCUAAACGCGUCCUUCCCGUUGCUUCCCUCUCUUUCUCUCUUCGUUGGCCAUCAUUGUGGGUUCUUUUGACUGCCAUCUUCGACAUGUCUUCUCAUAAGACUUUUAGAAUCAAGCGAUUCCUGGCCAAGAAGCAAAAACAGAAUCGUCCUAUUCCUCAAUGGAUUCGAAUGAAAACUGGCAAUAAAAUCAGGUACAACUCCAAGAGGAGACAUUGGAGAAGAACCAAGCUGGGUCUGUAAGGAAUGGCACAUGAUGGCACGCAUUUUGAUUCUGUACCAAGUUCACUAGCACCUUCAAGUGGAAAGAGUUCCCCUUUCUGAACAGCUGGACUUAUUUUUUGGGGGAAAAUCCUGGCAUUUCUUUGCUUUUAUGCUUCUGCAUAAAUAAGUUGGUUCAGUAAUAAAUAUGUGAGGCCUUUUGCUUAAA